AUGGCUGCGCCAGUCUGGGCUCUGGUGCUGAUCCUAGGAGCUGCCUGCAGCCAGAAAGAGAAGUCUCUGGACCAGGAGCCAGUUGCCCCCGGCUCUAAGGACAACUCCAUUAUAACCCAGUGUGACUUUGAGGACAACUCCAAACCCUUCUGUGACUGGACUCAAGUAUCCACAGAUGAUGGGGACUGGAUUCGAGCCAGUGGACCCUCCCCCAUUGGCAACAUUGGGCCCCCUGGGGGGUACCCCAAUGGAGAGGGCUACUACCUGCACCUGGACUUGAGCUCCUUCCGGCCAAGUGGGGUGGUCCGCCUGCGCAGCUCCCCCAUAUGGGAGCAAGGCCCUCUGUGCGUGCACUUUGCCUACCAUAUGUUCGGCCUGUCAUGGGGUGCCCAGCUCAAACUGCUGCUGCUCAUGGGCACCAAGAACAAGCACCCCAACCUGCUUUGGAAACACCUUAAUACCCAGAGCCCUUCCUGGAUGCCCGCCGCUGUCACUGUGCCCACGGGCCGGGCCCUGCCCAGCCAGCUGAUAUUUGAAGGAGUGACAGGCAGCACAGCUUACCUGGACAUCUCUCUGGAUGCUAUCUAUAUCCGUCGUGGCUCCUGCAGUAGGGUCUGCAUGAUGCAAAUGUGCAGCUUUGACACUCAAAAUAAUCUCUGUGGCUGGAGCUGGAUCCCCACAGCCUCUGGAGCCAAGUGGGUCCAGAAGAAGGGGUCGUCGGGGGUGCCAGACGUGGGCCCCGAGGAUGACUUCUCCCGCUCUGGUAGUGGCUUCUACAUGCUCCUGGACCCCAAGAAUGCAAAGCCAAAGCAGAAAUCUGUUCUCCUGAGCCCUCUGAGCCAGUCAUCAGGCUGUCUGAGCCUGUCUUUCCACUACAUCCUCAAAGGCCGGUCUCCUGGGGCAGCCCUCACCAUCUACGCUUCUGUCUUGGGCAGCAUCCGGAAACACACUCUUUUCUCAGGACAAUCCGGACCCAACUGGCAGACUGUUUCUGUCAAUUAUACAGGCCAGGGGCAGAUUCAGUUCAUUGUGGUGGGCAUGUUUGGAAAUAUCCCAGAACCAGCCGUGGCAGUGGAUGCAAUCAGCAUUGCUCCCUGUGGGGAGCGCUUUCCUCAGUGUAACUUUGAAGAUGAUGCCCAUCCCUUCUGUGACUGGGUCCAGAUAUCAGGGAUUGGUGGACACUGGACCUGGAGUGGUAAAAAUAUGCCCACCCAAGGCGCACACCCCUUUGGAGUGCCUCUUAAUAGAGGUUACUAUAUCUACCUUGAGGCUGACAAAUUCUCCCAGGCAGGCCAGUCUUUCAGACUGGUAAGCCCAUCCUUCUGCACCCCGGGUACAAUCUGUGUGCAAUUUACUUACUACAUGUAUGGCCUGGGAGAGGACACUAAGCUGAAACUCCUUCUGGGGAGUCCUGCGGGCAGUUUCCUAAUUUCUCUCUGGCAACGUGUUGGGUCUCAGAGCCCUGGCUGGCUGAACGCCUCCAUCACCAUUCCUUCAGUCUAUCAACAGCCUAUGCAGCUGAUACUGGAGGCCAUCAGGGGCACCAACACUGCCUUCAUUGUCGCUGUAGGUUUCAUCUUGAUCAAUCACGGGACCUGUCAAGGACCUGUGCCAACAAUGCCUCCUUCCAAGUCUCCAGUUCCCCCUAUUGGUCCUUCUGAGAUCCCUCUCUCCACAGAAAAAACCACUGUCCUCGCUGGAAAACCCACAGUCCCCACUGAAAAACUCCCUGUCCCCACGGAAAAGCCCACAGCUCCUCCCACACUUGUACCCACUGGGCCUGCAGCCCUGGUGAAGCCUGCUAGUACUCCAAGUACCUCCACGACCACUGUGCCCCAGGCCACCACUACAACCCCUACUCCUACUCCAGCAAGCUGCCCUCCAAAUGCCCACUACAAACACUGUGCCUGCCCGGCAUCCUGCAAGAACCCCAAGCCCAAAUGCGAGCUCCUCUGCAAGCCUGGCUGUGUCUGCGACCCUGGCUUUUUGUUUAGUGGCUCCCACUGCAUCAAUGCCUCUUCUUGCAACUGCUUCUACGACAAUAAUUACUACACGCCCGGGGCAGAGUGGUUCGGCGCCAACUGCACAGAACGUUGUCGCUGCCAGCCUGGCAGUCGGGUGGAGUGCCUGAGCUCUCAGUGUGGAACACACACGAUAUGCCAGUUGGAGGACAACCACUACAGAUGUCACCCCCAUGGCACUGCCACCUGCUCUGUCUAUGGAGAUCCUCAUUAUUUCACCUUUGAUGGGAGGCACUUUAGCUUCAUGGGCAAAUGCACCUACAUCUUGGCCCAAUCCUGUGGCAACUUGACAGAGCCCUUCUUCAGGGUGGUGGUGAAGCAUAAGGAACGAAUACAGGAAGGUGCGUCUUGCCUGAGCGAAGUCUACGUGACGCUGCCUCAGACCACCAUUACCCUGCUCAGGGACAGGCGCACUCUGGUUGGGGGUCAAGAAGUCACCCUCCCAGCCGUACCUUUUAAAGGCAUCUUCCUGGCUCCAAGUGGGCGAUUUGUGGAGCUGCAGACUGCGUUUGGUUUGCGGGUGAGAUGGGAUGGUGACCAGCAGCUAUUUAUGAGAGUGCCCAGCACCUACUACAGCAAAGUCUGUGGUCUCUGUGGCAACUACGACGGUGACAAUAGCAACGACAACCAGAUGCCUGAUGGUAGGCCAGCACGGGAUGAGGACGAGCUAGCCACCAGCUGGCAGGCCGCAGAGGAUAUGAACAAGGAGUGCCAGAAGAACAAGGCAAAUCCCCCAUCCUGUAACUCAACCUUGCAGAACACUCUAUCGGGGCCAGAGUUCUGUGGACGGCUCGUGGUCUUCCAUGGAGCUUUUGAGUCAUGCCUGCCUCACCUCAUGGCUUCUGUCUUCCUCAACAACUGUGUGCUUGACAUGUGUAACUUCCAGGGGCUACAGCAGAUGCUGUGUGUUCACAUGGCAACCUUGACUGAGACCUGCCAGGAUGCUGGCUACAGGGUGAAGCCCUGGAGAGAACCCCAGUUCUGCCCUCUGGACUGCCCACCCAACAGCAAGUACACCAUGUGUGCCAACAUGUGCCCCGACACCUGCCAUUCAAGUUUCUCUGGCAUGUCCUGCCUGGACCGAUGUGUGGAGGGCUGUGAGUGCAACCCUGGCUUCGUCCUCAGCGGUCUCCAGUGCGUCCCCCGAUCCCAGUGUGGGUGCAUGGACUCCACCGGCCACUACCUCAUGGUACGGCAGAAGUGGUUCAAAGCAGGCUGCAAAGAGCUCUGUAUCUGUGAGGGCAACAACAAAAUUCGUUGUGUGCUCUGGAGGUGCCAGGCCCAGGAAGUCUGUGGUCAGCAGGAUGGCAUCUAUGGCUGCCAUGCUCAGGGGUCUGCCACCUGCACUGUCUCGGGGGAUCCCCACUACCAGACCUUCGAUGGAGCUCUGCACCACUUCAUGGGCACCUGCAGCUACACCCUGACCCAGCCUUGCUGGUCAUGGUCCCUGGACAACCACUUUCUCGUGAGCACCACCAACGAGUUCCAAGGUGGGAACUUGGAGGUCUCCUAUGUGAAAGCCGUCCACGUGAAGGUCUUCAACCUCAGAAUCUCAUUGAUCAAAGGCCACAAGGUUGUGCUGAAUGGUCACCGGGUGGCCCUCCCUGUAUGGCCUGCACGAGGUCGGUUAAGCAUUAGGCUCAGCGGCUCCUUUAUUCUCCUCUACACUGACUUUGGGCUUCAAGUUCGCUAUGAUGGGAACCAUCUGGUCAAAGUGACAGUACCCUCCACCUAUGCUGGCCGGCUCUGUGGGCUGUGUGGAAACUACAACAACAACAGCUUAGAUGACAAUCUGAAACCAGAUGAAAGGCCUGCAAGCAACUCCAUCCAACUGGGAGUUUCCUGGAAGUCAAAAGAAUACUCUGAACCCGGCUGCUUCUUCGAGGGUGCCAAGUCUUCUAGAUGCCAGGGGAAUGAAGUGGAACACACCUGGAAUAAAAACUGUAAUAUCUUAAUCAACCCUCUGGGACCUUUCUCCCAGUGCCAUGAGGUGGUUCCCCCACACUCCAGCUUCACCAGUUGUGUGCAUGGCCAGUGUGGGACCAAGGGUGACGCCCUGACCCUGUGCCGCUCCCUGCAGACCUACGCAUCCCUGUGUGCCCAGGCCGGGCGGGCCCCUGCCUGGAGGAACAGCACCUUCUGCCCUCUGAAGUGCCCAUCUGGCAGCAGCUACAGCCCCUGUGCCAACCCUUGCCCAGCCACCUGCCUCAGCCUGAGCCCCCCACUGGACUGCCCUGCAGCACUGCCCUGUGUGGAGGGCUGUGAGUGCCAAAAAGGCUACGUCCUGAGUGGAACCUCCUGUGUGCCCCUCAGCCAGUGUGGCUGCACUGACCCAGGGGGCUCCUACUACCCGGUAGGGGAGAGCUGGUACACGGACAACACCUGCUCCAGGCUCUGCUCCUGUUCCACCUAUAACAACAUCUCCUGCCUCCAAACCUCCUGCAAGCCUAGCCAAAAGUGCUGGCCCGUGGAUGGACUCAUACGCUGCCGGGCUGCAGGAAUGGGAGUGUGCCGGAUCUCAGACACCUCCCAUUAUGUGAGCUUCGACGGCAGUUACCACGCCAUCAGGAGCACCUGCACCUACGUCCUGGUGAAAACAUGCCACUUCACCAUGGACCUGCCUUUCUUCAAGAUCAGUGGCGAGAAUGGGAAGAGGGAGAACCAGUCCCCUGACUUGUACCUCCGCCAGGUCAACAUUAACAUCUUCGAUUCCCUGAUCAUCCUGCAAAAGGGCCACCGAGUGCUGAUCAAUGGCAAGCAGUUCACCCUUCCCUCCACCAACAAGGUCCGAGGUGUCAGCAUCUCUGCAAGUGGCAUCUACACUGUGCUCAGUGUUUACAUUGGGCUGCAAGUCAAGUUUGAUGGCAGUGGGUUCUUAGAGAUCGAACUCCCUAGAGCCUAUUAUGGGAAGGUCUGUGGCAUGUGCGGGAACUUCAAUGGUGAGGAAGAGGACGACCUCAUGAUGCCCAAUGACGAACUAGCUCGGGACGAUAUUGAAUUUGUGGAUAGUUGGCAAGAUAAGGAGGCCAACCCAAUUUGCCAACAAGAUGAGCAGAUGAAGAUCAAGAGAGAAGAUCAGGAGGAGCUAACUGCGAACUGCAGGCCUGAUCGCCUAGCAAGAGCUCAGGAGCAAUGCCAAGUGGCCUUCCAGGCUCCGGCCUGGACUGAGUGUGCCACCCACGUGGCCCUUAAGCCCUUUCUGCUCCGCUGUGUACUCAACCUCUGUGAGUUUAGAGGUCUAAACAAUGCUCUCUGCGUGUCUCUGCAGGCCUUUGGGGCCGCCUGCCAGGCCCAGGGGCUCAAGCCCCCAAUCUGGAGAAACAGCAGUUUCUGCCCUCUGGAAUGCCCGCCCUACAGCACCUACACGACCUGCAUUCCUCCCUGCUCACCUUCCUGCUGGGACCCUGAAGGCCAGUGCAAGGACGCCGCAGUGCCCUCUGCCUGCGAGGAGGGCUGCGUUUGUCAGCCUGGCUACGUGCUCAGGGAUCAGCAGUGUGUGCCCAGGGCUCAGUGCGGCUGCCGGGAUGCCCAGGGCCGCUUCCUCCCUGCAGGGAAAGCCUGGCUGUCCAGUGACUGCACCGGGAACUGCACCUGCAGAGCAGGAGCCAUUCAAUGCCGGCCCUUCAUCUGCCCCCCUGGUUCCCACUGCCAGCCCAAUUCCAAUGGCAGGAGCAGGUGCAUCCCCAACAAGUUGAAACAAUGCUCAAUUCUCGGAGAUCCCCAUUACCGCACAUUUGAUGGCCUCAGAUACCGCUUCCAGGGCCGCAGGACCUACACUCUGAUCCAGACCGUGGAUGUGCUCCCCAGUGGUGCGGCACGCCUGGUUGUGGAGGGACACAACAAAAUGUCCAUGCCCCUCGGCCUGAUCUUCCUGCAUGAAGUCAUUGUGAUGGUCUAUGGCUACACAGUCCAGCUCCAGGCUGAACUGCAGCUUGUGGUCAAUGGCCAGAAGACAGCCACCCCCUACAACCCCGAUGAGCAUCUGCUGAUUACCACUCGGGGCCAUCGACUGUAUCUGACCACUGACUUUGGGCUGGUUGUCAGCUUUGAUGGGAGGAACAAUGCAGCGAUCUCCCUGCCCAGCACAUACCAGGGGCUUGUGCGUGGCCUGUGUGGGAACUUUGACAAGAACCAGAAGAAUGAGUUUAUGCUGCCCAAUGGCUCCCUCACUCAGAACCUCAGCGACUUCGGCAACAGUUGGGAGGUGGAGAUCAAGGGAGGCCUUCCCCACUUCUCCAGGGCCGUUCAAGAGGAGGAGGAAGAGGGAGAAGAGAAGCGGGGCUCUGAUGUGUCAGAGUGCAGCCCGGAGCACCGGGAGCUCAUCAACAGCACCCAGGCGUGUAGGGUGCUGGUGGACCCCCGGGGCCCUUUUGCUGCCUGUCACCAGACUGUGGCCCCAGAACCCUUCCAGGAGAACUGUACAUUUGAUCUGUGUGUCACCGGGGACCCCGAAGACCAGGAGGAGCUGCGCUGCCAGGUCCUCAGCGGGUACCCCAUCACCUGCCAGGAGGCAGGCACUGCCCUGGCCAGCUGGCGGGACCACACCCACUGCGCCUUGACGUGCCAAUACAGUACCAUCUACCAGAGCUGUGUGACACCCUGCUGCAACUCCUGUUCCAACCUGGCGGCCCCCAGGGACUGCGAGGGCCCCUGGGUGGAAGGCUGUGCCAGCCUCCCGGGCCACAUCUGCAGUGCUGUCCAGAGCCUCCCCCUGGCCCUCUGUGGUGGCACCAACAAUGGCAUCUACUUCCAGAGGGGUGACAGCUUUGUGACUGAGAAUUGCUCUCAGCGCCACACCCGUGCCAGCCCAGAGGUCCUGCUGAGUGAUCCCCUCAGCUGCAGCACUGGGGGAAUCUGCAUCCUGGGGACCCUCACUCGUGGCUGCUUCCAAGAAAGCCCAGGCCUGCAGAAUCCCUACCAGAACGACGGGCACUGUCAGGAGCAGGGCGCCCACUUCCCCUGUGAGUGUGACCUUGAUUAUGGAGGAGACCUCUGCAUGGAACUUUGGGACAUGCAAUCCCCGGAAAAUCCGGAGGUGGUGUGCCACUUUGUGGUCCCCCUGUUGGGGAUGCUGGUGGCCAUGGCAGUCCUAGUGCUGGCGGUGAUCAGAAAUUGUGUUUUCAAGAGGAGGAGGAGGAGAGAGAACAUUUGGAGCCAGCACUCGCAGGCUGGCGGACACAGAUUUUGUUCCCGAGCCUGCCUUUAAAGUCACUCCAUUUUGAGUUGUUCUUAAAAAAGGAGAUAAAAUAAAGUUAUUUAUUUGGGG